AUGAAAGUGAGAAGGCUUCAUCACCAGCGGCUACUGCAAGUGCUAAUGGUGUUGCUUGUGGUAUGUUCCUUGCGCUUUUCCUUUUUGGGAAGCAGCAGCAGCCAAAUAUAUAGAGAGCAGCAGCAGCAGCAGCAUUGUCAUCUUUACAAUUGUUCCAAUGAUCGGGAAGAUAGCGGACCCUACCACAACUGGGAGCUAUUCGCUGCAGAUUUUGAAAAAAUGAAGCAACAAUUGAAGAUCUUUGUUUACUCCGAUGUGUUCUAUAAGAGCAGCCCUUUUGCAGACAUUUUCCUUCCCCUUCCAAACCCUUCCCACCGCCCCAACUAUUUCAGCGAACACAUCUUCAAGGUGGCCCUGCUUCGAAGUUCCCUGCUCACUCUCCUUCCCCAGAAAGCCCACUUCUUUUUCCUCCCCUUCUCCAUCAACGCCCUCAGAAACGAUCACCGCUUCCACUCCGAGGAAUCCAUCUCCCAGUUCAUCACCCACUACACCAACACUAUCACCCACCGCUUCAGCUACUGGAACGCCUCAGCCGGCGCCGACCACUUCUACGUCUGCUGCCAUUCAGUGGGGCGCCAAGCCGCCUCCAAGCAUCCUGCUCUCCGCAAUAACGCCAUUCAGCUCACGUGCUGUUCCAGCUACUUCCAGCGCUUCUUUGUUCCCCACAGAGACGUGGGCCUUCCUCAGAUUUGGCCUCGCCCUCCUUACACUCCUCCACAUCUUCAAACUAGGCAUAGGCUUGCCUACUUUGCUGGGCGUGUUCAAAAUUCUCGAGUUCGCUGGGAGCUCAUAAAUCUAUGGGGUAAUGACACUCAAAUGGACAUAUUCGACGGCAACCCUUCUCUCCCAUAUGAAGAAGGUUUCAAGAGGAGUAAAUAUUGUCUCCAUGUUAAAGGUUACGAAGUCAACACUGCGAGGGUGAGUGAUUCUAUACAUUUUGGUUGCGUUCCUGUUAUAAUUUCCAAUUACUAUCAUCUUCCAUUCGCUAAUGUCUUGGACUGGAGCAAGUUCUCAGUUAUCCUUACUCAAGAAGACAUCCCCAUGUUAAAACAAAUACUGCUGGCUAUACCAACAAAAACAUACCUCACCAUGUACCAAAAUCUCCGCAAAGUCAAGAAACACUUCCAAUGGCACACCACACCCCAAGGCUAUGAUUCCUUCUACAUGACUGCUUACCAAUUAUGGCUCAGAAGAAACAUACAUCGCUUCUCCUACUAAAGUCUUUUCAUCAUCCUCGCGAGCUUCGUAUGCAUAUUUCAUUUUCAUGUACAAAAAUUCAAUUCAUAAUCAAGCUUCACAUUCUAAAUUUUCCUUCACCAUUAUAGCAGAAUCAGCAUCAAAGCCGAUUCUGCCCCUUGCGAUCAUCGAGAUCAACGCCUUUAGUUCACCACAAGUAAGGUGCAACUAGUUAGGCUUGGAUAUUUUACCGAUUAAAAAUAAACCGUAAAGUGUUUAAGAGUUAUUUAGAAGAUUAGGCAGAUAAGAUUGUAGUAGUUUGCUGCUGAUUCUCACCUACAUCUCACUAUUAGUUUUCACAAGUGCACUCACCAUUCAAGACACUCUUUCUAACAAGAAUUUAUAGGGCUAACUCAAAACUUACAACAACAAUUAUUUUUAAUAGAAUUUAAGAAUUGAAUUGCUUUGCCAUGAAUAAUUGUACAACUUUUUUUUUUUGAUAAAAAGGAGACUGGCCAAAACCAGAAAAAUCUAGGGAGAUCUACACAUUCGGGAAAAUGAAAUUCCCGCAUUAUCAUAAAAGACGAAGCUAGAAAUAUUAGCUAACAAAGCAUCGUAGACAUUCCCUAAGUUAUGAGAGAAGUCUUGGUUAGCCAUUCUGUCAGCACAAGCUGCACAACGGUUUCCUUCCCUGUGGAUAUGUUGGGACUUCACAUGCCAUUCUCGCUUCAAAAGACCUUUGAUAGCCAUCAACAAAUUAGUAUUGGCAUUAAUAAAGUAGUCUUCCUUAAGAAUAGCUUCCACUGCAAUUAAACUAUCCAUCUCGAAAAUAACGUCUCUGAAGCCUUUUCCCCAAGCAAUCUUAAGACCAUCAUACACUCCCCAUAAUUCAGCUUGGAGAACAAAGCAGUAUCCAGUGCUCCUACUAUACCCAAAGACCCAAUCACCGUUGUUGUUCCUAGCAAUUCCUCCGGCACCUGCAACGUUUCCCGGUUGCCGAACUGAUUUUCAAAACUGACGAGGGAGGAGGGCUCCAACCAAUGAGGUGCUCCUUUUUAUAGCACAUGCCAGGUUUUGAAAGCAGCAAGUAACAGUGAGCUUGGGUAUUAUACUCAACAUCUUGCGAAUCUCCAUAACAAGCGAGUCUGAGCUAUGAUUGGAAUUCUUGAAAAUCAACUUGUUCCGCUGUUGCCAAAGCGACCAACAAGUAAUACCGAAUAUGAUGCUCCAACUUCCUGCUUCAUUCCCUUUAGAGCGAAUUACCAAAGAUCCAAUCAUCAAAAUGACUAUAAAUUGACUAACAUUGAGAUUAAGGUUAAGAGUUAUAAUUUUCCUCCACACUUCCCUAGCAAAGCAGCAAAAUCUGAGAAUAUGAUCAAUAUCCUCGGUGUGGUAAGCGUUGCAGCAGAUGUCCUCGGUCAUGUGUCUCCGGCCACGUUCGAAGUUCGUCAAAAGAUUUCCUCUAGCAGCCAAACAAAGCAUGCUCCUCGCCAUUUCCAAAUAACCCGCCAUUUACAAUUAUCAUCUUCCAUACAGUUGCUAUCUUGCAACUCAUAAGCAGAAUCCACACUAAACCUGCUGUUGGAUGAGAGACUCCAAAAAUUUCAUCGUUGCCGUCGGUCGAAAAAGGUGGUCGCAGCGAGGUGAAGAAGAAUUGAAUGAGGCAAUAGAUGUGAGACAUAAUCCCAGUUCCAUGACCCAUUGAUGUCAACAUGGCUCACCAUUUUUCCAAGCUCUAUCUCUGGGAUCGGACUAAAAGCAAGGAGAUAAAGAGGGCCUAGGUCACUAAGCCAAUUAUCAGUCCAACAUUUCACAUUACAGCCACUGCCGAGAGCAUGAUUGAUGCCAAAACUACUCCAAAGGUGGCACAGGUUUCGCCAGAGAUCUGAGCAAAUAAUCCUUGGUUUGCAAGAAUUUCUGUUCUGAGACCAAUCGUAUUUACUACAUAACACUUGAACCCAAAGCAAAUCGGGUUUAGCAAUGAGAUUGAACCCAAGUUUCAUGAUGAAGGCAUUAUUUUGUACAACUUUUAACAUUAAGUAUAUAUAUAUAGCCUAUCGUCAAAAAAAAUUAUAUAUGGCCCACAAAGCAAUAGUUUUUCGUUCCUUAAUAAUAUAUAUGUGCACUGGAGACACACGGUCAAUUUUUUUUCUUUAAAAAUUGACAGACGCCUGCAAUAUCUAAUGUGAGACAUAGCAGUCUUUGAGACGGUGGGGUAAAUGUCAUUGGCACGUCUUUUAUUUCCUUUAGAAAACUAAAGUCCCGCUCUCGUUAACAUCCAGCUUUGCCCUUGAAAACCUCCUACGGUGACAAUAUUACAAAGCGUAAAAUGUGUUUGCAACAUCUAUAUCUAUACUAUACUAUAAAGCUGAACUCUACAAAAACUAUUAACACAGUUUGGACAAGUGGCUUUCUCUUUUUAAGUCAUAUGUACUCUUAAUUUCAGCUUUGAUGUCUAGCCCAUAAUGUGAAUUCCUCAAAACUUCUGAACUCUUUAGCUUUUUAACCUUUCUUCAUAAUAAACUCUUCAUCUUACUUUCACCACUUGUCAAUAAGUAUGUAACAGUAAACUCUUACUCUUCCUUUCAUUUAUUGUCCUGCAUUGUUCAUCAAUUACAUCUAUAUUUCAAUCCCCCUAUAAAUAGCAUGAAUUUAAAGAGGAAUUCCUAAUUGUAUUCUUCCCCACACACAAGAGACAAUAAAGAGGUUUUCAAUUUGAAAUCGCCUUAUGGGCAGAUCUCUUUCUAAGUUAAUCUUUUAUUUCUAUUAGAUUCUAAGUUAAUGGAUUCCUCUA